AUGUUGUGGCGAUAUUACCAUCACUCGUCGUUAUUACUUGGCAUGCGUGCGAAUUUCGCUCUUUUACUGAUCGCUAGCACACGACGAGCCGCAAUUCCAGUGCGCUUCUAUAUCCGAUCCACUCAGGCGUUCAGUGCUGCUUUAUCUCAUCGAUCUCAGUCCACCAAGAUGUCUAUGUUUGGUAUGACCGACACGCUUAAAACAUUGCUCAUUCAAGAGAUUUAUCAACGUCCACUGAUUUGGAAGCCAUCUGAUCCGAGAUACACCGAUGUACCGGCUCGUUGGGUUGCAUUUGAAGAGGUUGCGAAAGCACUGAGCAAUGAAAAAGUGCAAUUCUCAAGCGAUAUGGUGAAGAUGGCAUGGAAGAACAUGACUGAUUACUACAAUCACAUCAGACGUCGUAACGAUCGUGCCCGUGCGGCUGGUCUUACACCACCGCAAUCCAAAUGGUACUUCUUCAACAUGCUGCAUUUCAUUCGACAAGAAAAGUCACCCGCAAAACGAAAAUACAAUUGGCUCGAACCAUCCAAGAUCAAAAGUUCAUCGUUGAACGGUGAUGGGGCGAAUGGUUCGAUGAAUUCAGAGGGCAGUGAUGCACUUCCGAGACCGAUUGCUAUCAGACCGGCGCCUAGUGAUUCUGUGGUUGACACAUCGCAUAGACCUCGUACAAAACAAUCUGAAAAAGCUAAAUUGCAAGCGAAACGUGAGGCGCUUCGCGAUGCCAAUUUGAGCACGUCGUCUUCAAUGGAUUCGACAACUAUUAAAAUCAAGAAAGAGCCAACUCUGAAAGUGAUCGAUGUGGUCGGCGAUAACGACAACGAUGCAGACGAGGACAUGAAUGAGGAUGACGAUGAGAUGAAUGACAACGAAUAUGACAAUAACGAUAGUGACGCAAGUAAUGACGAAUCGGUAUCGUGCUCUAUGCAGAACGGCCCCAGAAGACCCUCAUCGGCCAGAGUGAAACGUCAGAAUGUCGUCGCUCAACUGGACAAAUCAGCGCUAGAAAUCGCAUCCGAUGGAAAUGCAUCAGGCACAGCGACCAUAUCGAGGAGUGGUCGAAGAAUUGUCAAAAGAAGGCUUUCGUUAUCGCCAUCGCCCACACCACCACAGCGAUACGCCUCGCAGUCUCAGGCCACCACUCUGUCCAGAACCUAUACAGCUCAAUCACCUCCCAAUAAAAGAAUGUCAAUGUCUCAUACCCCAAGGCUGUCAUCACGUUAUGCUAAUCGUCAAUCCUCUCCAUCACCUAUUCAACGCCGUUCGUAUAGUCGUGCGGCGGUUACGACCAACUCAGCUAUGCCUCAAGUUUACCAUAUGAGCGGAGUAUCAUCGAGACCGGUAGUCGCACUUGACUCAACUUCAUAUUUUGGUAACGUUUCGUUGUUUGUAUUCUUUUUUAUUUUCGUUAUUUGUGAUUUGUUUAUUUAUUUAUUCAGUCAUUGUGCAUAA